CCCUCCUCCAGCACUGUUAAUAAAAAUUUUCCAGAGAGAGAGAGAGAGAGAGAGAAAAGAGGUAAACCAGAGACAAGAAGCUAUGAAGCCCCAGCUGAGUGCGUCAUCUUCAGUCAAAUCGACCACCACCAUGGAAGAUGACCGUUGCGAAACCAGAGACAGCUGCUACUACCCUGGAUGCAGAAAAGAUGCCAAUUGCAACUGUGAAAUUUGUUUGGCCAGCAUCAACGCCACUCUUGAUCUCAUGCCUGUUAGCAUCCAAAAGGGUUCCUUCACUAAACUCUCAGCUUCGAAGCCUAAGGUAGAACACACUCCAAUCUCUUUCGACGCUUCGGCUAUAUCAACACCCAGAUCGAGUUCUUGCCUCCUGGUGGAGUCUCCAGCUCUGAAAUCAACUGCCAGAUUAAGCUUGAAAGAGAAGAAGGGGAAGAAGAAGGAAGAGAAGCGUAGUUUCGACAGUGUAUUUUGGAAGUUUUUAUUGGGUUUGAGCUUGGUUUUCGGAAUGGAGAUUGCGUUUUCCUGGGUUUUUAAUGGGGUCUUCAGUCCAGCUUUGACAAGGGAUAGAGUGAGAAGUAUUGGGGAGAAAGCUAUAGGUGUGCAAAAUUUGAAUGGAAAAUUGAGGUUCUUGCAAAAUGAGCUGAAGGGAUUUACUAGUGGGAAGGUUUCAAAUUGCAGCAAUACGGAUUCCAUGUGGGAAAUUGAUCAGGGUAGUUUGCUCCUGAAUUCGCAUUGUAUAUUGUACAAAUCGGCAAUGGAAGAGGUCAGGAUUUGGGGAUGGCCUUUGCAAACGGCAGGACUGCUUACAACUGGAUUUUCUCCCAGAUCAUUCACCAUCUUAUCUGGGAGAGUCACAGAGUGGUCCAAUGGAAAGGUUGGGUUUCUAACAAGGGAAGCAAAUGCUUCAUGGGUGCAAAGGAAAUGGGGUGCCUCUGUCAUACAAUUGGAUCCUAAUACAUGGAUUAUUGAGUACCGACGGAGCUCAGUACUGGAAAAUCCAAGAUUAUUUUCAGCAACAUUGGAGCUGUUGAAAUAUAGGUUGACAAGAAUGAUAAGGAAGAUGAGUGAAGAGUUCUGGCUGUUCUCUGCUUUUGAAAACCCAAACAGUGAAUUUGCAGGAAGGGAACAACUUAGGAUCCCGACUUGAAGAGGAUCUCUGGAUAUCACUUAUUAGUUUCAACAUAUAUACCUUGUUCUAGCAGAUGUCCUAUAUCCAGUUCUCAUUUCUUGUGAGAGAGUUUUCUAUUGUUUUUAGUUCUCUCCCUUAUCGAAUUUGAUUCUGUCAAGAGUUGAAAAGGAUCAUUAUUUGCUUUAUCACAUAUAGUUGAAGAAAUUGAAAUGAAGAAAUAUGCAAGACUUGCUAUCCAUUGUUCUGAUUUUGUAGAAUUGAACUAUAAAAU